AAGUCGGCUGGUAAAGAUCUCUAAUUUGUGAAUAAAAGCCGAUACUAGAAGUGAAAAUAAAUAAAAUUAUACAUAUUUUCUGAUACAUAGUGGUGAAAGUGUGAACAGAAAGUAAUAUAUAUCUAUAUAUAGAUAUAUAGAUACAUAAAAUAUUUUUAAGAUUUAUAUGAUUUCAAAUAAAUCAUUAUAGAUAAAGAAUUUUACACGUAGUAAAAUCAGAACAGAAAAAAUGGCUGAUGUACCAGAAGCUGUUAAGAAAUGUGCAUCUAUGUUAAAGGUCACCAAAAGUGAUACGGAGAAGUUUGCUACUCUGUUUAUGGUCACGAAAUUGGUGAAGGGCAAGGAUUGUAAUACAGCUGCCAAGAAAUUAUUGUUCGAGGCCAUUGGUUUGACCUUCCUGAAGAAGUUGUUGAGUGGCAAAAAUUUGCCUAAUGAUUGUCCACCUUUGGUGUACAAAAGCGUGGCUUUGUCGAUAUUGACAUGCUUUUGCCAGGAAGAAGAAUUGGCCACCCAUAAGGAUAUUUUGGAUGUCAUACCCACACUUUUGGAAAUUGUAGAACAAGCUGAUGAUGAUGAUUGUGAUGAUAAUUUGAUUGUGGUUAGUGAGGCUUAUAGCUGCUUGAAGUUUAUUGCUUCCUAUGAACCUGGUCAAAAUGCCUUAAUGACCAUGAAGGCCAUACCUAAAAUGUCCCAAAUAUAUUCUGCUCAAAGUUUCCAAACGGACGAGGCAUUGCAAUUGAUCGUGUUGUUGGUCAAUAAGUUUGGUGGAGCUUCCUGGACUGAUGAUCCAAAACCUUUCCAUGCUUUAAUUCAACGCAUUGCUUUGGAUAUGGAGACCGAAAACAAUGAACGUAAAUAUGAAUUGUGUAAAAUUUUGUCAGCCAUAUUGAAGACCAGCAAGAAGGAGUUGAUUUUUAACUCAUUAGAAGGUGAAAUCUGGCCAGAAAGUUUAUUCAAGGGCUGUAGUGAUAUUCUGAAGAGCAAAAUCGGACCAAAACAAAGAGAUCCUACUCUUCAUUUGAUAGCUAAUACCCUUAAAGUCUUGGGUAUUCAAUGGGCUUUUAUGGAUGAUAGCAAUCAAUUCUACUUGAUGAUCUUGCAAAUGGCUGCCAUUGAGGUCAGAAUGCAAAUGGAUGAGAAGAAAUUGGAAGCCACCUUCCGCAACUGUGAAUUAAUACAAUGUUGCUUUACCAUUUUGGAACAAUGCGUCGAGUACAUGGCUAAAGAUAUUUUGGACUUGGAACCCAAGGAGAAACAAACUACUUACACCGCUCUUAAAGGAGCUUUCAAUCAAGUUUUGGCUGUUUUAACACGUGUCUCCAAUGACAAAAUGAAGGAUACUACUAACCCCAAAGAAAAAGCUUUCAUUAGAGGUAGCGUACGCGUUUUGGCUGCUUGGUUGGCCCAGGAAACUACUGCUAUGAGGCCUGCUAUUUACAAGCUCCUGCCCUUCAUGUUUAAGGUAGCCAAUGAAUCAUUUAACGAACUCAAGGAAUGGAGAGCUGGUCCUAAAGAUACAGAGGCUCCUGAGGAUGUACUUAGAGUAAUGUUACCCGCUUUGUGUCAUUUAGUGGUAGAAGAUGAUGCCCGCAAGGUAGUUUUUGCCACUAAACAAGAUGAAGUUUUCCUGCAAAGUUUGGAGUUUUACUUUUCAAUUGCCCACUAUAAAAGACCACCAAUCCCUAGAGCUGAACGCUUGAAACGCAUGAACGAACCAGAUCCCGUUCCCACACCAGAACAACUCGCUGAAAUGAAGGAUGCUCGUACUGCCAUUUGUUCUUUGUGUAACAUUUUAAUGAACUUGACUGUCUUGGAACCCAAACUUGCCGAAGAUGGUCCAUUCUUUGCCAAUCUCUUUAAAUUUGUUUACGAACAUUUGCCCGAACUGAAAGAUACACACGAUAAUCUGGUAAUGCAUGGCAAUUUAUCCGUCUUAGGUUUGUUGUUGCUUAAACAGCAAGCUAAAAAAGUCAAACAGAAUGAUUUCUCAAUUUGCCGUUACGUACAAGCUACCAUACGUUUCCUCUGGGAUGCCUACAAUAUUGAUGAGUCUAAUGAUCCCACCGCUCUAGUGGUGUCUAUUGCAUACAAAGAAUGCUGGAUGGAGUUGUCAGAACUUUGGUUCUUAGGUAUGCAAACAAUGUGUGGUAUCUUGCCAUUGGUCCCCUGGAUAUCCGAAUUCGCCAUUGAGUCUGGUUGGGCUGAGGGCAUUGUUCAGACUUUGAAAAAGGUUAAAAUUGGCACUUUACCAUCUAACGUCAAAUCGGCUUAUGAGGACUUUUUGUCUCAACUUGUGGAGGUCAAUUCAACAGUUACUGCAGUUUUGAAAAAGGCUGAUGCCUUGAGAGUAUGUCGUAAUCACCGUAUGAUGGAAUUGGGCAAGAAACUUUUCGGUGACUAAGACUUUUAUUAGACAUACAUUAAUUUUUUUUUUAUUUUCAUAAAUAUAAGUCUAAAUUUUUAUCUUAUAAACAUAUUUUUUUCUCAAAAACAUUUACUUGUUAGUAAACGAAUUCAACAAAAUUUUUUAUAUAACCUAAUAAACAAUUUUAUAAAAAACUUAAUUUUUAUAUGCAACCAUAUAAAUUUUCUUUAAAAAUUUAAAUAAAAAUUAUUUUAAAAUUACCCCAAAA